AUGUCUUCCACUCAGGAAAUCCAGUUCGCCCUCAACCGCAUUAAUCGGGUCUUGGCUAGCAAAAGGACACCAGGUUACAGAGAUAUUCGGCUAGGCCUGGAUCGUAUCAGCCGUGUCGUACCAGACAAGCAAGAGUGGAAGGGUAUUCAUGUUGCUGGCACCAAUGGUAAAGGCUCAAUAUGCACCUUUCUUGCUGGUAUGUUCAAGCUCGCUGGUCUCGGUUAUGGAAGCUUCACAUCCCCCGCCUUUCCAGAGAGGCACAAUGGAGUCAUAAUAAAUGGCCUUUAUGUGAAUCCGCGAAUGUACGACAUGGAAAUGAAGCAUGUUGAAGAAAAGUACAAUCGUAUUGCUGCUGGUUGGAAAUACAAGCACGGACAGGAGCCUCUGAAUCUAACACCAUUCGAGUUCGAAACAGCAACAGCAUUCCGAGUAUUCAACAAAAUGCAUGUUCCUUAUGGUAUCGUCGAAGUUGGCAUGGGCGGUGCUACCGAUGCAACCAAUGCCAUGAAGCAAAAGUCUGUUACUAUCAUCUCCAAGAUCGGCCUCGACCACCAAGAGUACCUCGGAAAUUCCAUCGAUCACAUUGCCAAGGUCAAAGCUGGCAUUAUGCGAAAGAACGUUCCUUGUAUUGUUGACCACACUAACAAGCCUUCUGUCAUCCAUGUACUACGAAAACAUGCUCGAGAAGUAGGAACAGACAUCAUCCUCACAUGGAAGGGUGAACCUUUACUGUUAACUCUCGACAACUCAAGAUGGAUGCUUGAGAGCUACCAAGUCCAGAAUCUUUUGUGUGCAGCCAUGGCCUUCCGUCAUCUCUUCCCAUUGCAGGAGAUCAACUUGGAUAAGCUCUUGGAAACCGAUCCUUUCUUACCUGGUCGAUUGGAAACAGUUCAAGUCAACGCACCACUUUCUGGUAUUCAGCCACGGGAAAUUCUGGUCGACGGUGCUCACAACAUGUUGGGAAUCACAGAAUUGAGCAGACAUGUCAACAGACGCCUACGAAAAGAUGACCAGCCAGUGACUUGGGUUAUGGGUAUGUCCCAAAGCAAGCACAAACCUUUCUUCAAGAUGAUGGAAAACCUUGUCGAGCCUCAGGACAACUUUGCUAUGGUUGAAUUUACUCAAGGUCCCAAUGAUCCUCAGCCUUUACCCGCCUCAUUCGGUGCCGAAUACGCCAAGACGAAGCAAAUCGAUCCUGGUAAUGUAUACUCUGGAACGCCUGACAUUGCGAGUGCUCUUCCAUGGGCUUGCAAGAAGAGUGACGGUGGUCCUUUAGUGGUUACAGGAAGUCUUUACCUGAUUCGACAAUUAUUCAGCCUCAAAGGCAUUCAUCGAACAAGAGAACUAGGUACGAGGAGACCUGGCAGAGCUCAACUCUACCGAUAUUCCAAGAUUGCUCGAGAGAGAAAUCUGACAGACGAGGAGGCACGGGAGUUCAAACAGGCGAGACGACAUCACCACCUAUCACCGAAACGAAGUAAGGUCUUUGCCCAAGUACGCGACGGCGGCCCUAUCCAACCACUAAAAGUGCCCGUCAAGACAAGAGAGCUGCAAAGGAAGGCUGCGUUUCAUAAGAAACAGGCAGAGGGAUAUCGGAAGUCUAUCGCCGCCAUUAAGAGGGAUAUGGAAAGCUCAAAGAAGGAAACAGAUAAGCCUGAAACGGCCGUGGAAAAUAUUGCCUCCCGUCUUGAAGACUUGGAGGCACAGGCUGCGAAGCACAAGACAGAAUAUGAAGAUGCCAUGUUCAAUAUUAGGGGACGACGUGCACUACCGCACAUGAAGUACAAGAGCCAUCGACAAGUGUUUGGGUAUCCAGCGACCCCCAAGCCCCCAACUAAGUCCCCCUUCCAACCGGCAGGGGAGUCAAAGAAGCGCAAAGGCAAAUCUAGUGUGUCAUGGAAGGACACCAAGGAGAGCUUUAAAGAUCAACUCGCUGCGGCUGAGAAGCAAAGGGCACUGGAGAUAAACCAGGCCAAGACGAGGGACAGCAGCGAUCCUUUUGAAGCAAAGCCUGUCUUGAAUCCCCUCAUCUUCCAUCUCACCGCCAUGCCACCGUCGCAUCUUAUCAUCGUCUGCUGCCACGGAGUUUGGCUCGGUGGCCCAACACUCGGCCAAGAUGAAAGCGAAUGGCUAAUCGCAGACUUUCAGCGUGGCGAAACCCCGACUUUUGUUCAGCAUAUUAAAGCUGGCGUAGAUGCCCUCGCUCAGAAUUGUCCUGGUUCUGUUUUGGUGUUUUCUGGAGGACCGACGCGCAAAGAGUCAAGAAUUUCCGAAGCAGCUGGCUACAAAAGCAUCGCAGCCAAGAACAACUAUUGGGGACUGUUACAGGAUGAAGAUAUCAACGAUGCAGUGCUAUUAGAAGAGCGCGCGCUUGAUUCGUACCACAACGUCUUCUUCUCACUAACGCUCUUCUAUUCCCACUACAAAAGAUGGCCAGCUCACAUCACCAUCGUAAGUCAUGGUUUUAAGAAAGAGAGACUUGUCGAUGGGCACUGCGCAGCUAUUGGCUUCCCUCUCGACCGAGUCACAUUCAUUGGUAUAGAUCCUCCCGGGAUGGCAGCAUCUUCGAAAGAUCAAGAUAAAGAAGAGGCGAUGAAGGGCGCUGCGUUGGCGAUAGGGGAGUGGGGGGAUGAUCCCCAUGGACGAGGGGAGAGCCUUGCUGGGAAAAGAGUGAAGAGGAACCCUUGGGGGGUUUGGCAAGGUGUGUUUUCAAGUGAAGAUGGCGAUCGCGGUGGCCUAGUCCUCAAGAUGGAAAACGGGAGCGAAGUCAUGGACGAGGAGCAAGCUAGGCCCUGGUGAUCUCUAUGGUGUCUAU